CCCCCAUGUGCGCGCACACCUUCAGUUCAACCCCACUCCAGCCAUUGAGAGCCGGAGUUCAACAACACCAUGUUGUAUUAUCAUUCAACUGUUCUACCGAGUUGGAGGUAGAAGCGUUCUAAUUGAAGAGCAUGGACACUGACUGGGGCGCGCUUCCCCUGGAACCGCUGGAGCGCAUCUUCCGGCAGUUAAAGUUCAAGGAUCGACUGUUGGCGUGUUCGCUGGUUUGUCAACAUUGGAAUAGAACGCUGUUUUGCUGUCCGGCGUUGGCCCGAGGGAUUGUGUUGGGGAUUAGCGGUGACCAGCCGGCACAAGUUCGGGAGGCGCUCCGUGCAAGUCAACGAAACUACAGGCAGCUAUCGAUCGUGCUGGGCGGCGACGAUGAUCAACCUGACAAUGGUAGUGUGAACGAGUUUUUGACGGAGGUGGUGGGUUUGUGGAACGUUCAGAAUGUUUCGGUAGUGGGGGAACCGACUUCGUUGCUCGAUUGCUUCCGGUUGAAUGGGGCGUUGUUCGGUGGGAUUACGGAGUUGAGUCUGGAGCUGACGAAGAACAUCGAUUGGUCGCCGUUUGGGAAGCAGGACGUGAUGAUGGGAGAGUUGAAGAAGCUGCACUAUUUACAGAUGUACGUGGGUCGUGAGCGGGUUAGUACGGCGUUCCGGUUGAUAGUGCCCAAGCUGGAGUCGGCGGGGAUUGUGCUGGAUUCGAUGGCGAACGAGGAGGCACUGUACUGGGAAGAUCCGCUGAUUGAUCUGGAGGGUUGUGACAAGUUGGUCUCGCUGGAGGUCGACUUGAAUACGACCAUGUGGGAGCCAUUUUUCGCCGUGGACAGGCCACACCUGGAACGGCUGUUGAUCCGGCGGGCUAGUGACGAGUUUCAGGAACGAGACUGGGACCGUAUUUUCCAGCACAUGCCGAAUCUCCGGGAUGUAGAGAUGGUCUUCUCGGGCGAUGUCAUGCUGGCCAGUUUGAAGCGAAACUGCAAGAAAUUGGAGAAGUUGGUACUGAACGGAUUCUGUUUUCACGACGGUAGCUUCGCCAGCAACAUGGGCUGGUCUGCCUCGAUGAAGCAACUCUUCAUGGAUGGUUGGCUUAACGGAGGUGUCUACUCGAGAGAUCCCGCGCUGAACCUCUCGGCCCUGGAAGAUCUCCAAUGGAAGUACGUCGAACUAACACCUGCCCAAGGCUACUUUACCCUUAUCGUCCCCAAACUACGGAAGCUCACUUUGCGUGGCUGCGACUACAAACGGUUCCACUUGGAAGUCGGUCCUCACCUCGACCGCGUCGAUAUCGACUACUACGGCCCACAGCAAUUCGCCCCCAACUUCUUCUCCUCCCUGCACGCCGUCACCCAGCUCAUCCUGCACAUCAACGGAGACUCGUUCCGGGUAGUGCAACACCUCACCUACACGAUGCAACUCCAGCGGCUGGAGAUGAUCUGCGGUACCGAGCACCGCGGCUACGAAAUCAACAACCUGUUCACGGCCUUCGUCAAGCACUGUCCACUUCUCGAGGAACUUACCGUGCGGAACGAGCACGAGAACCAACUUAAGCUGGAUUACGAAGCAUUUGCCCUGCUCGAAUGUCUUAAACUCCUUCGACUUUUAACCUUCCAAUACAUAACCCUGACGAAUGUUUCCGGAGCGGCGAUUCGAAUGGAGCGCCUGGACCGGUUGGACGUGAGCGGGUGUCGCGUCCAGGAUCCGCACGGGAUGCUGGCGGGCCGGUUCCCCAUCGAUGGGCACGUGGCAGCCACCGAGAAUAUGGAGUGGACUUUGAGUAGUGCGCUGUAACCGGUUUUUUUAGAAGUUGAGUGUAGUCCAAUUUUAUAGCAAUCGAAACAUGAAGUUCAAAUCGGAAUUGAAACGCGUAGUUCAAACAAUGCAGUACUGUGGAAAGCCACCUCAAACAUCACAUUUUAAAAACUAUUUAUGAUAAUUUAUUGUAACGAUUGUAUACGAAUGCUCUUGUGCAAAUCGACAUAUCCUAAUAAACUUUUACAUUUCAGA